CAAGAGUCGCACAGUUUGAGGAGAGGAGAUCGAUCAGGAUGCCAGAGCCAGUCAAAAAACCAACUGAGGCCCCUGCUGAUGUAAAACCAGAACAAGCCCCUGCUCAGCUUGCAGCAGCUCCCGUACAGGAAGAAACUUCUGCCCCAGCACAAGCCGAAGAUGCACAUCCUCCAGACACCAGACAGGACCUAACUGGACUCUUCACAGAGAAACCCCAGAGCGGAGAAGUCACUGUAGGUGAGAACAUCACAUUUGUGGCUAAAGUGAACGCUGAAUCGCUGCUGAAGAAACCCACAAUCAAAUGGUUCAAAGGGAAGUGGAUGGACCUUGCCAGCAAGUCUGGAAAGCACCUGCAAUUGAAGGAGACAUAUGACCGCAACACCAAGGUCUACACAUUUGAGAUGCACAUCAUUGCUGCCAAGGCUAACUUUGCUGGAGCUUACAGAUGUGAGGUUUCAUCCAAGGACAAGUUUGACAGCUGCAAUUUUGACCUCACCGUACACGAGGCCCGUGCUCCUGAAGGCCUGGACAUAAGAGCAGCUUUUAGACGCACGAGUGAAGGCGGUAAGAAGAGAAGUGGACCAGGAGCAAGUAGCACAGAUGGGAAUGAAGAUUCGGGAGAGCUGGACUUCAGUACUCUAUUAAAAAAGAGCAGUUUCUUAAAAUCCUCAAAUCGGACUGUGCAGGUGCACACAGACGUCGACGUGGAUGUGUGGAAUAUUCUCAGCCAGGCUCCUCCUUCUGAAUAUGAAAAGAUUGCUUUUCAGUACGGUAUUACCGACCUGAGGGGCAUGCUCAAGAGACUGAAGAAGAUGAAGAAAGAAGAGAAGAAAAGUGAAGCUUUCCUCAAAAAGCUGGAUCCUGCCUACCAAGUAUCAAAGGGACAUAAAAUAAAACUGGCUGUUGAGGUUGCCAAUCCAGAUAUUGAGGUGAAGUGGCUGAAAAACGGGCAAGAAAUUCAACCAACUGGAAGCAAGUACAUAUUUGAGAGUGUUGGCAACAUGCGGUACCUCACUAUCAACCACUGCUCCCUGGCAGAUGAUGCAGCAUAUUCCUGUAAAGUGGGAGAUGAGAAGUGCACUACUGAGCUCUUUGUUCAAGAGCCUCCAGUCCGGAUAGUGAAAAAUCUGGAGGAUCAGAUGGUCAUGAAGGGUGAACGGGUGGAGCUAGAGUGUGAAGUCUCAGAGGAAGGAGCAAAUGUUAAAUGGGAGAAAGACGGUGUGGAACUGACAAGAGACGAGUCAUUCAAAUAUCGCUUCAAGAAAGAUGGCUGCAAGCACGUGCUGAUCAUUAACGAGGCCACCAAAGAAGACUGUGGCCACUACAAGGUUAAAACAAACGGUGGAGAGUCAGUGGCAGAAGUCCUGGUGCAGGAGAAAGAGCUGGAGGUCUACCAGAGCAUCGCAGACCUCACAGUGAAGGCGAAGGAUCAGGCGGUUUUUAAGUGCGAGGUGUCGGAUGAGAACGUGAGAGGAACCUGGUACAAGAAUGGUGUCGAAGUCAAGCCUGAUGCCAGAGUGAAUAUCACACAUAUUGGCAGGAUUCACAAACUGACCAUCGAUGACGUCAAACCAGAGGACGAGGGAGACUACACUUUUGUGCCGGAUGGCUAUGCUUUCAACCUGUCUGCUAAACUCAAUUUCUUGGAGGUGAAGAUUGAUUAUGUCCCACGCCAAGAUCCUCCUAAGAUCCACCUAGAUUGUGUGGGUCGCACUGCUGAGUCAACCAUCGUGGUGGUUGCGGGCAACAAACUGCGUCUGGACGUCCCUAUCACUGGAGACCCUGCUCCAACAGUGAUCUGGACAAAAGGAGAAAAGGCUAGUUCUGUAAAACCUGAUGGAGACGAAAAAGGAAGGCACGCAACCUCUUGGACCAUGAAGGAUGGGGAAGUCAUCACGGAGGGAGAUGGCAGGGUCCAUGUAGAGACCACCAAGGGCCACUGUGUCUUCACUAUUGAGUGUGCUGAAAGGCAGGAUGAGGGAAUCUACUCUGUUGUGGUUCGAAAUCCUGCUGGGGAAGAUACUGCAGAUAUCCAUGUGAAAGUUGUCGAUGUUCCUGAUCCUCCCAUGGCUCCCACAAUCCUCAGUGUGGGAGAGGAUUCCUGUGUUGUUCAAUGGGAACCCCCUCAGUUUGACGGUGGCCAGCCAAUCAUUGGUUAUGUGCUGGAGAGAAAGAAGUUGAAGAGCUACAGGUGGAUGAGACUGAACUUUGACCCCUACCCCGAAACAACCUAUGAGGCCAAGCGGAUGAUAGAAGGUGUGUCGUAUGAGAUGCGAGUCUAUGCUGUCAACAGCAUCGGCAUGUCUCGCCACAGUCCUGCCUCGCAGCCAUUUGUGCCAAUCGCUCCUACAAGUGAGCCCCUCGGACUGUGCGUUGAUGACGUCAGUGAUACUUCUAUCACACUGAAGUGGCGGCGGCCUGAGAGGAUUGGCUCAGCUGAACUUGAGGGUUAUGGAGUUGAGUACUGCAAGGAGGGCACUGAUGAAUGGAUACCAGCGAUGAAGGGUCUGACAGAGAGGACGUCGACAGUCAUCAAAGGCCUCACCACAGGAGACAAACUGCAGUUCCGUGUGCGAGCUUACAACAUGGCGGGACCCAGUGCUCCCGCCACUCUGGCUCAGCCUGUCACCAUCAGAGAGAUUAUGCAACGCCCGAAAAUUUGGCUUCCCAGAAAUCUCCGCCAGACUCUUAUCAAGAAAGUUGGAGACACUGUCAACAUCGUAAUUCCAUUUCAGGGUAAACCCAGGCCAAAGGUCACAUGGAGCAAAGAAGGAAAGCCCCUGGACCCCACAUUUGCUAAUGUUAGGAACAGUGAAGUAGACACGAUCCUCUUCAUCCGCAAGACAGAGAGAAAACACUCUGGGAAGUAUGAGCUCCAGGUGCAGAUUGAAAACGUGGAAGACAAAGCAGCAGUAACACUCCAGAUUGUUGACCUCCCAGGACCCCCUGAGGCGCUAAAGAUUGUUGAUACCUGGGGUUUUAAUGUGGCGCUCGAGUGGCAGCCUCCAAAGGACAAUGGCAACUGUGAAAUAACCGGUUACACUGUUCAGAAAGCUGACAAGAAGACCAUGGAAUGGUAUACAGUCCAUGAUCAGUACCGGCGAACCCACUGCGUUGUGUCCGACCUCAUCAUGGGGAAUGAGUAUGUCUUCCGAGUCUAUUCCAUAAACUUCGUUGGCCUCAGUCCGGACCCCUGUUGCACGAAAGACAGUGUUUACAUCCUUAAAACAGGUAUCGUAUACAAGCCACCCAACUACAAAGACCAUGACUUCUCAGAGGCUCCCAAGUUCACACGCCCUUUGGUGGACCGCUCUGUCAUAGCGGGAUACAACGCCACCCUCAGUUGCGCAGUGCGAGGCAUACCAAAGCCCAAAGUAACCUGGUACAAAAAUAAAAUGGACAUCACGAAUGAGGCCAAGUACCGGAUGAUCAGCAAGCAAGGUGUCCUGACGCUCGAGAUCCGUAAGCCUUGUCCGUUCGACGGGGGAGUGUACACGUGCAAAGCGGUCAACGACAGCGGUGAAGACACAGUGGAGUGUAAACUGGAGGUUCGCUCUCAAAUUAUUAAAGAAGAAAAGAAGGAGCCCAAGAAGGACAAGGUUCAAGUAGCCAAUUAAAGAGAAGAUGGCAUCAAAACAGUGUUCAGCUCCACAUUUCUUUCUUUCUUUCUUCUUUUCUUUUUUUUGCUUAGGCACCACUUUCCUCUUCUGCAGUCAUCUCACAUCAAGUUAUCCUCUCAUUUUGCUAUCAGUAUUUAUUAAUCAUCCAAAAUGCUGUUUGUUUUUCACUCUAGUUCUUGGUCUUGAUAGUAGUGAUAAUAAUGUUUAGUGCGGUAAAUAUAGAUAGUAUUAAUACUUAGAGAAGGAAUUUAUGAUUUGCAGCCAUAUUUUAGCUACCAGAAGUGAGAAGUGAUGUCUGGGUUGGUUUG